AUGCCUAUCAACUUUUGCCUGUUGAACACCAGAUCAAUAAAUAGGAAAGAACUUUGUAUUAAUGAUUAUGUGUCUGAGAACGAUAUUGAUAUUCUAGCAAUGACUGAGACAUGGUUACGUGAGGAUGAUGAAUUUUCUAUUGCUGAAAUCUGCCCAAUGGGGUAUCACUUUUAUCACGUUACAAGGAAAAAUGCACGAGGUGGAGGAGUUGGUCUCUUACUGAAGAAAUAUAUUAAAGUCAAAAAACAAUCUCAGAGAAAAUUCUCUUCUUUUGAAUAUAUUGAUGUCACCUUGAACUGCCGUAAUACCUGCACCAGGAUGAUUGUCAUUUAUAGACCACCUCCAUCGAAGACUAAUAAAUUAAGCAGCUCAAUAUUUUUUGAAGAAUUCUGCAUAUUUGUGGAACAGUUGAUCAUAUUACCUGGCAAUAUAUUAAUGGCAGGAGACUUUAAUUUUCAUAUAGAUAACAUUGGAGAUUCAGAUACUAUUAAACUCAACAAGAUACUGGAAUCGUUUAAUUUACAACAGCACGUCAGUGGGCCAACCACUGGAAAGGCCACACCUUAGACUUGAUUAUAACAAGGAAUGAAGAUAAAUUAGUGACUGGUGUCAGAAUACAUGAUCCAGUAAUAUCAGAUCAUCUUGCCACACAUUGUACAUUACAGUUAGAGAAACCACCAUUAGAACAAUCUGAAAUUUAUUAUCGAAAAUUAAACAAUGUAAACAUGGAUAGUUUCAAUGAAGAUCUAAAAGUACUAGAUUUAAAUGACGAUUAUGAUCUUUCAGUCCUUAUUGAUAAAUAUGAAAAUACGUUGAAAGAAACAUUAUAGCAGCAUCCUCCACAAAAACGACGAAUUAUAACUCUUCGUCCUUUAUCACCAUGGUACAAUGAGGAGUUUGGUCAAGAAAAAAGAAAUCGCAGGAAGCUAGAGCGCCGCUGGCGCGCAUCUGGACUAUGUAUUGACAGACAGUUAUAUGUCAAACAAUGUGAGACAGUGAAUGCCAUGAUAAAGAAUGCUAAGACAACAUACUACUCAUCGGUUAUUUCCAGUAAUGCACAUAAUCAGAAAGUGUUAUUUAGUACGGUUGAUAAAUUACUCCAUCGAAAGCCAGAAAAGCGCUAUCCAACUGCGUCAUCAACGACUGAACUCGUGAAUAAUUUGCAGAUUUCUUCAGUAAUAAGAUUGCUAUUAUAUGGAAAGAACUGGCCAUUGAUUCUUCCCACUGUAAUCAGCGAAAUCAAGAGGAACAAUAUGCACAAUUCGUUAAAUUCAUUAACUUUCAAGAAGUCACGGAACAUGAGAUUGAAAAUGUUAUUGAUAAAGUUGGUAAAAAAUCUUGUGAACUUGAUCCAGUUCCCGCAAAAAUCUUUCAAGGUUGUCAGAAGACUCUCUUACCUAUAAUUACUAAGAUCAGUAAUAAGUCACUUCAGUCAGGUUGUAUGCCUGAGAAACUAAAAGAAGCCGUGUUGAAACCAAAACUAAAGAAAGAUUCGCUGGAGUACGAAGAAUACACAAAUUUCCGACCUAUUUCAAAUUUAAAAUUCCUGUCUAAAGUAAUUGUGAAGGUUGCUGCCGUUUAG